AUGAGCGACUAUCAUUUUGGCCAAUUUGACCAGAUAUGCUACGAAUCACCAUUAUCAAUAUGUAACGUUUUUCGGAACGCGGGCGAACCACGGUGUCUUUUGGAAGGAUUCCUCGUGAACGGGACGCCCAUACGAAACCUAGGGCGAACAGAGAUGAUUUUAUUUUUCGUGACGUAUAUAUUGACGCUCGUGUCUCAAAUCGUUACCAGUGGAGGAUUUCUUGGAAAAGGAACUGUGUUAGCGUGGUUUUCAGCAGCGAAUGCCGGGCUAAUAAGUGCACUCUCUUGGAUAUUAGUGAUGAAUGCCAUUGUAGGCUUUCAAUUCGUCGAAGAUGGAUCUCUAAUAUCAUUGGGUGGAAUACUACUCGGUGGCAUCUUAAUAUUUGUCGGGGUCGGAUACAUAGCACUAGACACGGCAUUCAACAUCUCAGGACACUUUGCAUCCCCACCAACAUUGAAAAACGUCGCCCUCUACAUAACGUAUAUAAUAUUCCCGCUAGUCGCGGUGGUGGCGUAUGUGGUAUUAGAGACGAUUUUGGUAAUUGCGCAUUUAGGGGAUAAAAAACCUUUAGGCAUGUUUAUAGAGAAAGAUAGAGGAGAAGGGGAAAAAUGA